AUGCCGUCAACCCAAAGCACGGACAACUCGAGCUUGAUCCCGCAUGGCGUGUCGAUCCGGGAAGCGCUCAACCACUCGUUUGCCAACUUGCAGUACGCCGCCGGAGUCGACACUCAUGGCCACGUGAAGGGAAACCGAACGGAAGCGCUAGCCAAGGCCGCAAACAGUUCGUACACGAUCGUCGUGCUCGGCGAGUCCUCGUACACAGAGAAGAACGGCGACGUGUCAGAUUUGCAUUUGCCAGCGGGACAGCUCAAGUACGUUGAAGAGCUGACGGCGAUCCAGUCGACCAGCGUUGUCGUGGUGCUCGUGGCAGGCCGGCCGCGACUCCUGGGCGGCGUGCACAAGAACGCCGCUGCCGUCCUCGCCAGGUACAGUGAUGAGCGGCACCAAAGUGAUCGAGACAUGUCGUGA